CUAAGAACCGAAGGGUGGAGUUAGUAAGGAAGAGCUGAAUGAAAGGCCGACGUAGAGCUGCGACAUGACAGACUGAGAAACCAAGGGAACAAAAAACAAAUUAAAGAAGAUAAAAACGGUUCUUAGACCCAGUGGAGGAUCUAAACCAGAAGGAGGAAUCGCAUGACUCUGCAGUUUUUGAGAGUCAGCCGACACCGCUGCCCUUGGACCGCCCGGCCCGACCCGGCCCGGCCCUCUGGACGGGGCGUGUGUCCAUGACCUCAUGGCUGCUGGCGUGCAAACCCAGCAGUGAAGUUUAUAUUAAUGGAGCUUCAAUGUGCAGGAGGGGAAAUAAGAAAUGGACCUGCACCAUAAAGAAACGACGUCUGGAGAGAUUCUGCCGGUCGUGAUCAUCGGUAACGGCCCCUCCGGGAUCUGCCUGUCUUACCUGCUGUCAGGCUACGCCCCCUACCUGUCGGCAGAGGGAUGUCACCCGAACCCCCUGCUGAACAGCAAGCUGUCGGAGCGGCCUCACCUGUCGCUGCUGGAGCAGGACCUGGAGUAUCUCUGUGAGGGCCUGGAGGGCCGCUCAUCCAACCCUGUGGCGGUGCUUUUUGAUUCGCUGCUGCUGCCGGACAGCGACUUCGGUCUGGACCACACGUCACCCCUGGAGUGGCGGUACGAGCCGGAGCGAGCCGUUCCCCACCUGGUUCUGGGGAAAGGCCCGCCUGGAGGCGCCUGGCAUGCCAUGGAGGGAUCCAUGCUGACGCUCAGCCUCGCCAACUGGAUGGAGCUUCCUGGGCUCAAGCUGAAGGACUGGAUGAGAGACAAGCGCAGGAAUGUGAGAAACGACCGCGCCACCCCGGCAGAAAUCGCCUCGUACUAUCAGCACUACGUAUCCAAGAUGAACCUGGAGCAGAACUUCGCCUGUGGGACCACCGUUACCACGGUAACCAGAGAGUCCGGUCAGCAGGAUGGGUCGCCGCCCUGCUGGAAAGUGUCAGGACUGCAGCGGAGAGACGGCGAAAUUCUAGGAGACGGUUGCUCGGUUACAGAGGAGGUGCCAUUCUCGCUGUUGGCGCAUAACGUGGUUCUGGCAACGGGAACGCACGACGUGCCGGCUCGGCUCGGCGUGGACGGAGAGUCGCUGCCCUUCAUCUGCCACUCCUUCUGGGAGCUGGAGGCGGCCAUCGCCCGCGGCGAGCUCGACCAAUCCUCCGACCCUGUGCUGGUGGUGGGGGCGGGGCUUACGGCCGCCGACGCCAUCCUCGCCGCUCACCACCUCAACACGUCGGUGUGCCACGCUUUCCGGCGCUCGGUCACGGACCCCGGGCUCAUCUUCAACCAGCUGCCCAAAUUGCUCUACCCAGAGUACCACAAGGUCCAUCAGAUGAUGAUUCAGCAGCAGCACCAGUCUGACUCUUCGGACCGGAUCCAGAAUCUUCAGCCCGCUCCUUCCUCCUCCUCCAGCUUGCCUUCCUCCUACCCCGGCUACCUGAGCUUUCCCUGCCACCGGGUCGCCGCCUUCCGGCCCGACCAUAAGUGCGUCCUGGAGUCAGACUCCGGUGAACAGACGGUGGUCCGGGUCUCCAAGGCGCUGGUUCUGAUUGGCGCUCAUCCGAACCUCUCCUUCCUUCGCGACAACGGCCGCUCGUUAGGCAUCAACCGUGACGAGCCGAUUUCCUGCCGGAGGAACCCGAUCGACGUGGAUCCGUUCACAAACAUGGUUCUGGCGGCGGACGGGCCGGGAAUGUACGCCAUGGGCCCGCUGGUCGGGGAGAACUUUGUCCGGUUCCUGAAAGGCGGGGCACUGGCCAUCGCUGGGGAUCUGUGGAAGCGGCGCAGCGGCGGGGAGGACGCCGUUAUGCCAGACAGCCGGGUCGACCGCCGGACAGACGCCCGGGUUCUGGACUCGUAGUUCAGAACCACGAGGCGAACGGACCGACUCCGGAAAACCCGAGUUCAGCCGGACCUGUUCUGGGAUCAGCUGGAGAAAUGGCAGCUGGACGUUUCUGUUUGGACCCAAUUUGUAACCAGAUACCAGAACCGUUUUCUGUAAAUUUUAUGGUAAUCCGUUUUUUACUGGAAAUAUUUAAGUUUCUUCCAAGUUUUCAAAUUAUUUAAACGUUUAGGAUCUGUUGCUAACGGCGACGUUUUAGGGCCAGAACAAGAGAACAAAAUUUUAAUUGCAAAAAUAAAGUUAUGCGAUUUAAAGUCACACAAGAAAUUCAAAAUGAGAAUAAAGUUGUAAUUAAGCCACAGUUAUCAAAAAGAGUUAAUACGAGAACAGCCAUAUUUACGAGAAUAAAGGAGCAACAAUAUGUAAAAGAUGCAUCAAAAUUAAAUAUAAAAAUAAAGAUAGAUAAAGUUGUGGUAAUACAUGGAUAAAAUUGUUCUCAAAACUAAAUUUGUCUGGCCCUAAUUUUGCAUUUAAGCCACUAAUCUGUUAAAUUUCUGUUUUUAUAUCACUUUAUUAUAUCUGUUGCAUUUUAUUUCAUGUUUAAUCUUGUAACCUAAUGUUUGCUUUCUAAAAAGUGUUUCCUAUUUAUUGAUUUUACUACGCAGCAAUUAGUAAAAAAAAGUUCUAUUCUAAUUUUUUCAGUCUAUUAAAGGUGUUAGUUUAGUUAAAUCAAGCCAUAA